AUAAAAUGCGGAUCCGGCGUAACGUUCGAAGUCUUUAGCUGUUUACCAACGAAACGUAAGAUCUUUUGAGAUCUUUCAGCUUCUGCUCAACAUGGAUGCCCUAGAUUCGGUGGUCGAUCCCCUCCGGGAAUUCGCGAAGGACAGCGUCCGACUCGUCAAGCGAUGCCAUAAACCGGACCGGAAAGAAUUCACUAAGGUAGCUGUGCGGACUGCGAUUGGAUUUGUGGUGAUGGGAUUUGUCGGCUUCUUUGUUAAGCUUAUAUUCAUACCGAUCAACAACAUCAUCGUCGGUGCAACCUAGGUAUUCACUGGUACAGACUUGGAUGAAGGUUCUUCAAUGUUUGAAGCUAGUUUUUUUUCUUUAUAGAUCUUGUAUCGUUGACGGGAUAAUUUGAUUUCAGCAUAAGAUCGAUAUUAAUUAUUGUCUUGUUUUCCCUAUUAUGAGCUCUUUGAUUCUCUUUAUGCUGAUUGUUGCUGUAUGAAACGGUUUGAUGAGAUCAUAAGCAUCUCUUUUCUACAUUA